GGCUAGGCGACCAGUGGCCGCUAAGCCUGGGCGAAAUCAUGGCGACUUGUAUGGAAACCAUAGCCGGGGGGAUGACCCCUACGGCGGUAACGCCCGAGUCGGAGAAAGAUGAUUCCCAGGAGCAUGAAAAGAUUCUGUCUCCAGAUUUUCUUUCAGUUGCUCAAAUUACUGAAAUGCUAACAGAGGACAUUGAUGGGAUUCAACAAAAAUUGGAAAAGUUUUUGAAUUUCAGACAUCUUCAGACCUGUUUAAAGCAAGCCAUUCUGCUAGAUUAUUAUGUGUCUGGAUUUUGGUGGGCAAAAGAAAUGGAAUUUUCAAUACCUCAAUAUUCAAAGUUUAUGACUUUACUAGAUAUGUUACUUCAUAAUCUGAAAACACUGCAUAUGUCCUUAGAAGAUAGCAUAAAAUGGCUUGGAGAGGUGAUGGCACAAAUAGGACCAUCUCAUCCACAAGAAAAUGAGAAAAGUAAUAUCUUUGAUGUAAAACAAGCUAAUGCUAUCAUUGACUAUAUAAAAAUCAGUUUAUUUCAACACUACAAGCUAUAUGAGUUCCUGUUCUAUUCUGCCAGGGAAGAAAUUGUGAUAGGAACUGAGCAAGUGAUAGAGGUUGUCAGAUCUUCAAGUAGCUGUUUCCCUGAUCCUCUAGAAGAAGGAAUCGCAUUUGAUGUCUACUCAACAUUCAUAGCGCCACCACCAACAUCAGAUACUGAAAUGAAGGGGCUGGACCAAGAACAAGGCCCUGAGCAACCCCAGUCAGAAGCUGACCUUUCAUCCAUGGAUCCUUUAGUUGGCUUCACCAUUGAAGAUAUAAAAUCAGUACUGGAUCAAGUCACAGAUGAUAUUUUAAUCAGCAUUCAGACCGAGAUAAACGAAAAGCUGCAAAUACAGGAAGAGGCCUUUAAUGCACGAAUAGAAAAACUGAAAACGGCCUGAGGACUCGGCACAAGGAGAGUAAUGCUAAACUUCACAGAAACAAACCAAGCCAGCUAGAAUAAUAGACGCUCCAGAGCGUCACAUCUUUCAUUUAGUUGAGAGAGGAAACCCAACCCCCACUUUUUAUUAGCCUAAGUAAUUAGAAAAUUAUUUGCCCCAAUUUUUCUAUCAUCUGUCCCAUAACAGCGUCUGAAUUUAUUGCACUGUGUAAUAAGACCAUUUUGUAUACACAGUAUGGAGAAUGAUACAUAACAAUACAGUUAACGUUUACGAUGCUUCUUUGACAUUUUGAGUAGUAAGUGCUGUUCAUCUUCAAGGAGAAUGAGGCCAACUCUUUUAAAUAAAGAAAAAAAGAACAAUAAUUUUAUCCAUUGUGACCCAAAUGAACAGCCCUAUUAAUGUAGCACUGUGAGCAGAUACUGAGAUACCACACUGCUGAGGAUAAAACUAAACAAUAACAACUCAAAUACAUACAUAGUGAUUUUUGCCCUUAUAUCAUUUUGGUUUUUUUAUUUAAAUGCUUCAGUGUGAAACCAAUUUUCUGAAAUUAUAUAAUGCAGUUUGAAGCACUUUAAUUUAUUCUGUACUGUAUUUGUUAUUUCUAAUCUUGUUACUCUCCCAGGAGAAUACAUGACCUAUAUAAAAAGAAGCAAUGUAUAAAUGGUUAUUAAAGACCAGCCUAUAUAUAGAUCGUAAAACUUAAAUACAAAUCAAACUUACAGAGCCCUUAAAAUUAACCAUGAUAUUGCUGAAUGAUGGAAAACAUCUCAAGCCUUUUAAAUGCCUUUUUAAAAUAGAAUUUUAAAAAGAAAAAUAUUCAUUUGCCAACUGAUUGUCCUUAGUUGAACAAAUUAAAUUAAUGACUGCCUAGACCCUUUCCAAAUUUCUUAGACUUCAGAGAAGUCUAGAAUGGAGAGCAUUGCCUUUGGAGGCAAUUCCUUCUAAGAGUUUCCUGUUAAAAAUGUACUUAUAUCUUGGCAGUUGUAUAUGUUUUGUCUGUCUGUAGAGAGUCUGUCUGUGCUCUAGCUCUGAGCUGUAAAACCUUACCUUUUGCAACAGUGUCAAAGGGACUGGAAUAAAAAGAAACAGCAGAAAUCCGGAGUGGGGAGGAUAGAUAGAGACAGGACAACUCAUGAGUGUUCCUAGCACACACUUCUGGAGUAAGACUCACAGUUCUAACACUGGUUUCACCAGUGGCUUGUAUGUGACUUUGAGAGGCUGCUUACCUUCUACUUGUUCACUUUUUAAAUGGGGUUGUUACUAGUUUUGAUGGAGUUGUAAGAAUUCAGUUCAUAUUAACAGGUGUAUGUUGUCAGCUGAUUUCCGUUUACUUUCAAGAUACCAAAAGAAUCACUUCCCAUCCCUAAUACCCAGUUGUUUGAUCAACCUUUUUGUCAUUAUUCCCCAUCGUCUUUGUUUCUCCACAGGCACCUGUGGUUCAACUUGUGGUUCAACCCAUGGUGACCACUUUGCCACUCUCUUAUCCUGUACCUACCAUGUGGGAGAAGCCUAGGGAUCCCUGUAACAGCCUAACUGCAACAUCUAAUAAAAAUAGGAGAAAGAACAAGCACAAUAGAAUGUUAUGUUUUGCUUCAUAGUCUCUGCUCUUUAAAGUUAAUUUUGAAGUGAUCAGGAAUAUGUAGCCAGUUAUCCACAGUUAUCCACAAAAAAAAAAAAAAAAAAUCACCCUGACUAGGUAUUUUUAUUUUUUUCCUUACGAGACAACCACAGAUUCCAGUGUGUUCUUAGAAAACUUGUUUUCUGAGCAUUUAAACAGUAAUUUUCUCAAAACACAAUUUGCAUUGUGCCUCCCUAAGGUAUUUCCACAACAGUGUGCCAUUCUUUCUCUACAUUGUUACCAGUAGGCCAGUGUUUUGUUUUUAGUUUAGUUUAGUUUCAUUUUUUGUUUUGUUUGUUUUGUUUUGUUUUGUUUUGUUUUUUUUGGGGGGGAGUAUUCUGAUAGAAAGUGAUGCCAUACUGUUGUUUUAAUUUGCUUUUAUUGUUUUAUUCCAUAUGUCUUAAGUACCUUUGAUAUAUUUACAAGGCAAUAUGUGUGUGUACAUGUGUUUAAUCCUAAGAACUCUGAGAGGUGGAUAUUAUUUGCCUCUUUGGAUAGUUAUGGAGCCUGAAACUUACAGAGAUUAUGAGCCAAAACCAAGUAGCAAAUUAAUGUUGAAGGGUCAGGACUUCAAACUCAAAGAUGACCUAUUUUUCAAAUGAGAACACUAACAGAAAAUUUAAGUAAUUUCCCCAUGAUUACACAGUUAGUGGUAAUGCCGGUUUUUGAACUUGUACCCACAUAAUAACAAAACCCACAUACUUCACCUCUGUCUUCAUCUAACUGUCUCACAGUCAAUGGGAAACAAAUUGAAACUGAUUUUCUGUUAUUAGUUAAAGAAGGGAACAAAUAUGUGUUGUUAGCGUAUUAAGUAUUUAAAAUAUUUAUUUAGGGGUGGGACAUACGUACCCAUUUUAUUCCUUCAAUCAUACACUGUAUAUUUAGUUAGUGCCUAUUAUGUAUCAGGGCAUUCAGUAGUGAACCAAACAGACAUUGUCUCUGAUAUUUUGGUGGGAGGAAGAGAGAAAGCUAAUGCUAACUGUAGUAAGUACACGUUUCUGGGAAUUAGGAAAUUUGAAUAAAGAACCUUGAUCUUGUCUGGAAACUCAUAGAAGCUUCCCAGAGAUUCUGGUGUUUGGGCUGGGAUUUCAGGGGUGGCGGGAAUUUAACUGGAUAGAAGAUGAAGGGAGAUAAACUUCAGGGAGAAAGAGAUAAGUAUGCACAGAAUCCCUGGAUCACAAGAUGUGUCUGAAAAAAAUGCUCACAGCCACACCUCUUUUAGGGUCCUGUAGACCACAUUAUAGACUUCAAUUUUUAACCUAAGCAGGAAGCUGUUGAUAAUUUCUAAGUAGCAAGUGAUAUCAGAUUGGUAUUUUUUUUUUUUAAAGGUCAUCGCCCUAGUGCCAGGACUUCUAUCCAUGGAGAAAUGGAAAAGAGUAUUCAUAGAAAAUGAUUCCUACUGCUAAUGAUAUCAUAGCUCUACUUCUUAGCGAUUUCUAACAGUGAGAGAAUGAAAGAAAAAAUUGACUCCUUUAAAGUCACAGGGUCCACCUACUCUAAGCAGUCUUUGACACAAAAGCAACCCUCUGAAGAGCCAAAUAAAAAACAAUACCAACCUAUUAUUUAGAUGAGCAACAACCUUCCUCCGAUCAGCCACACUAUCAUUCUUCCAUUUACAAGAAUAAUUUGGGGUUCUUUUUUUCUCUUUCCCAUGAUGCAUUUCAAAGAGAAAAUAUAUUCAGUUAUGAACAACCCCAGACUGCCACUGUUUCAGGUAUUUGCCAGCACUGUUGUGCCUAAAUAUAGCUGCAGAGUCAUUUUUUCCAAAAUCCGAAUGUAAAGCCCCUAUUUCUAUCCUUCAUUUGAUUGGAACCAUUCAACCAUCCUGGUAGAUAAUAAGUUUGCAUGUUCUUAGAUUGCAUUUCAUUAUGCUUCAGUUCCCCUGGAGAAUAAAUGUGCUCCUUUUCCCAACAAUUGUAGAGGAGAAAUACUUCUGACAUCUCAGAUUUCAGAGUCUCAAGAAGAUGUCCCUCUUCUGGACAUCAAAGUCUUCCCCUUCCCCCACAUUGAUUCAUUAUAAGGUAAGUGAGGGCCUCUUUGUGGCAGUAAAACACUUAUUACUUUAAGUUUCCUAAGCAAAAAGGAUUCUAGAUAAAAAUAAUAUCACCUUGUGGGAAGUCAAAUUCCAAAAUAGAAAAUAUUAAAAAUCUCUUUUGCUUUUAGGGGCUUUCCCCUUUCCAUGGAUAUAUCAGCAGUGGAGAUUGUCUUAGUUUUUGACAAAGCCACCACAGGGUUUGGUGUUUUUGUUUUUGUUUUGUUUUUGGCAGUUAUUGUAACAUUCUUCAUUCUAGAUUCUUCAUGUAGUCAUUCUUCAGAAAUGUUCAAUGGAGGUAGUUCUAAGGAUCAGUUUGCUCAUUAAGUCUAACCUAUAUUCUAAAUAUUUUCAAAGUAAUGGGAUGAAAUAAGACAGAUAAAGCCCUUGACUUCAUGGUGUUCAUAGAUUUUACCAUCCAGACAAAGAUGGUAAAUAAGCAAAUAAGUUGGGAGAUCUUAGACAACAAUAAAGAUGCCAAUGAUUCAUACAAAGGCACAGGAUAAAAAGUUCUGGGAUGUGGAAGACCUACUUCUUCAAGGCUAUCAAGAAUCCUUUUGAAAGGGGUUACUAUUGAGUUGAGACCAGAAUAGUAGAAGGAACCAACUGUGGGCCAUCCCGUAGAACAUUUGUUCUCAGCAGUGAAUAUAGCAAGUAAAUUGUCAUUGCCAAGUAGAAUUUUUGAUUACCCCAAGUAACUCAGAUACUGCCAAUUACUUUGGCAGGUAAGAAGGCUGAUUCGCAACCUCAGACUUUCACGUUCCUGACCCACUAUUUUUUCCAGUCUAUCAUGUUGGUAUGAUCAUAUUGGUCUCUCUCUCUCUUUUUUUUUUUUCCAAAAUAAUGCAGAAUUAUAGUCACCAAAUUCUUAGCAUAAUCACUAAACCCAAGUAAGUUCACCUAUUUAAAAGAAUUUUGGCCCAAACUCUGGCAGAAUGGAGCUAAGUAAAUAAUGUAUAUACUCUGCUUUCAAAGGAGGUAUAGCUCCCAUGUUAUGUGUGAUGUGUGCAUAAUGACCCUUUCCAAUAAGUACGGUAUGAAAAAAAGGGGAGAGGUACUACAUUUACAGUUAAGAAAUGUCAUAAACACCACUUGUGCCAGAUGAUCAAGUUCAACAUCAACAGUCUAUACCAUGCUAAUAUCAUAUACCCUUAAUAGGAGGCAAUGAAAAUAGGACUUUAUCUUUGUGGUUCUUAUAGCCAAACACAUAACCUUAAUAUAAUAAUGAGAAUACUAUCAGACAAAUUCCAGCAGAGAAACAUCUCCUACAAUAUAUCAGAUCAAUACUCUUCAAAACUAUCAAGGUCAAGGUCAUCAAAAACAAGAAAAGUGAGAAAAUGUCACAACCUAAAGGAGCUGAAGAAAGUAUGACGAACUAUAUGUAAUGUGGACGCCGGCGUGAAAAUCUUUAGCAUAAAAAAGAUGUUUAAAGAAAUGCAAAUAAGGCCCUCCCUGGUGGCGCAGCU